AUGCUAGAGAACGCCAACAGAUUAAAGUUGGAGACCGGACUAUCUCAGUCUUCCCCAACUACACUGCCAGGGUGGCACGGGCUCGUGCUGCAUUCAACACGGUCAGGCAGCAACUCCGUGGCAGUGAAGGUGUUCGAUAAUGUAGUGAUUAAGUUUGGGGAGGAUACCAUCUCAUCUCUGGGGAGAGAUGAGACGGCAUACAGAGCUGAGAUUCAGAGGCUGUCGGAUUGGUGUGCAGACAACAACCUUGACCUCAAUAUGACCAAGACAAAAGAGCUGGUAGUCGACUUCAGAAGGAGGACGUCUGAGCUGCAUUGUGUCAGCAUCAACGGGGAGUGCGUGGAAAGGGUGUCCAGUUUCAAUUUCAUGGAUGUGCACAUAGCCACAGAACUCCAAUGGAGCUCAAACACCUUGGCAGUUUUUAAGAAGGCCCAACAGUGUCUCUACUUCCUGAGAAUCCACAGAAAAAUGGACCUGAAGAAGGAGCUGCUGAUCGUCUUCGACCAUUGCUCCGUUGAAAGUGACUAUGUGGAGAGGGUGUCCUCCUUUAAGUUCCUCGGCACCCACAUAUCUGUGGACCUAUCUUGGUCCACAAACACAUCAGCCCUAGUGAAGAAAGCCCAGCAGCGCCUCCAUUUCUUGAGCGUUCUGAGAUGGAACAGGCUGCAGACUGACGUCCUAGUGUCCUUCUACUGUGCCACUAUCGAGAGUGUGCUGGAGCACGCCAUCCCUGUGUGGUACGCUGGCAUUGUUUUCAAUAUCAGUUAUUUAAGGUACAUUGUGCUGAUGACAAAUCUGUCAGUGGCCAGUGAACCUGAAACAAGACACAAGAUUAAUUUGGAUGACACACUUGACUUUGGGGUCAGAACAUCAGUUCAGACAUCCACAUCUUGGAAAGCUCCUAUCAUAUGGGAUGGGAUGUUCGACCCCAAUCUUUACGAUCAAAGGCACACUGAAGAAAAGUCAUCUGUGGCCCUCACAGUGUUUGCUGUGGGAAGGUACCUGGAUGCCUACCUCAAGACUUUCCUCACCUCAGCAGAACAACAUUUUAUGGUGGGGUUACCAGUGACGUAUUAUGUGUUCACAGAUUCACCAGAGAAAGUACCAAACAUCACACUUGGGUCUCACAGAAACAUAAAAGUUAUCCCAGUGGAAAAGCACACGAGGUGGCAGGACAUCUCUAUGAUGCGAAUGAGGACAAUAUCAGAAGCUAUAGAGUCAGAGAUCCGUCACAGAUUUCGUUACGUCUUCUGUUUUGAUGUGGAUCAGGAGUUUAAGGGGAGAUUUGGGUCCGAAGCACUGGGUGAUUCUGUGGCUUUGCUCCAUGCCCACUUUUAUAAAUUACCACAGGCCCAGUUUACUUAUGACAGAAACCCCAAAUCUAAAGCCUUCAUGGAAACUGGAGAUUUCUACUACCAUGCUGCUAUCUUUGGAGGACUGUGGCAAAAUGUAAAGGAUCUGGUAGAUGCCUGUUAUCUGGGGAUCAUAGAGGAUAAACUAAAUAAUGUGGAAGCUCUGUGGCACGAUGAGAGCCAUCUAAACAAGUACUUUUGGAUUCAUAAACCAAGCAAGCUGCUCUCUCCAGAGUACUGCUGGGACCAGAGCAUUUGGGACAAGCAGGGUAUAGUUGUCACCCGCCUAGUGUGGGCACCAAAACAUUAUGACACACUUCGUAGUGGGUAG